AAAUUUCUAAGAAAUAAAAUUUUAAAUCUUCAAAUGAAAUGGUUGAAUAACCUUGAUCAUCACACCAAAACAUGUGACAGGAUACAUAAGUCAGAUAUAGCCGGAAAAAGCAUAAGGAUGGGACUUUUAGUACUUCUGAUGAUUUUUACAUUAACCCAUGGUGCUACUCUGUCCUCUACAGGAGUUUCAAUAGAUCCAAAUACAGUUAAUGCUGAUUCUACUUUAAGUUUAUAUUCUACACUUGCUACUAUUGUUCCAGCAGGAGGAAGACUGGUUUUAACGUUGCCAAGCACAAUGAGUGUUUCUACCGCGACUACAUUAUCAUGCUUAUUCACUGAACCAUCUAGUUUACCAAUAGCAAGUUGAUCUAAUGUUGGAAAUGUAGUAACAAUAACAUUGGGAACAACUCAGUUAUCGAAUUCAUUUUUUCAAGUCAAUAUUUUGAAAGUAGUGAAUCCUCCUAGCACGACUCCGACGAAUACCUUUAUUUUUAGGACUGAAGACUCUUCAGGCACAACUCUUGACCAACAAACUACAAAUAUAUUACUUGUGGCAACAUCUGGAGCACUGAGUUCUAUCACUCUAACUCCAGCAAGCCAAGUUGUAGGAGAGACUACUACACUCACUCUGUCUUUUCAGAACACUCAUACCAUAAUGACAGGAGGAAAAAUUAAGGUAACGUUUCCGAAAUGGAAUCCUGGAGCCCUGCUUGAUAGCCAGAAGCUAUCAAUGAUAGAAACAGGCUUUGCAAUUACAUCAAUAACAACGAAUCUGAACAGUGGAAGUCUGUCUGCAACAUUUACAAAUGAUGUGUUAACUCUUUCUAAUGCAGUAACUUCAGAUAUUGCUGCAGGAAGCACGAUUACUUUUAGUGUAACUAAUUUUAAAAAUCCAAUAUCAACAGCUACUCAUUCUGGGUUCACAGUCCAGACGACUGAUUCAAGUGACGGGAUAAUAGAUACUGGAACUGCCACAAUUCGUAUAACGACAGCAUCAGCAGUAUACAAUGGGGCUUUUACAGCCUCAACCACUUCAGUUGUCCAAGAAAACUCUGUAUUUAGAGUCAUUUUUCAAGUCCCAGUUCCUCUAGAAUCUGGAUGUAUAGUUGAAAUUAAGUUUCCAACUGAUUUUACAUCCUUUUCAAUCAAUGAAGUUAGGGGCUACAGUCUUUUUGGAGGAUCAAUAGUCAAAAGCGGAGGGAGUUUCAAUGCUGGAAGCAAUACAUACACUCUUCCAAACUCAUGAACAAGCUAUGUUUCAAGUGGGACUCAGGGUAUUCUUGACUUUGACUCUAUACAAAAUCCUCAAUCAAUAAAAAUUACAGGAAGUAUCGAGAUAUAUGUUAAGGAUUCCUCACAGUAUUUGAUCGGACAGCUUACAACGGGGGUAACUCAUACUUCUACUACAGGAACAAUCACAAGUGUAAGCCUUAUACCUGAAAAUACUAUUGUUAGUACCUCUACAUCGGCCACUCUAAAGUUCUUGCCCUCUCAUAACCUACUUGCUGAUGAGUCUAAGAUUAUAAUUACUUUACCGUCUGAUGUUUCUGCGACAGAUCAAUCUACAACUACUGCUUGAUCCAUAACAGACCUUCAGUUUAUCUCUCCUACAGUGACUUGAACAAUAAUUAGUAACGUGAUUACACUCAUUGAUCCAUUCAGUGUGAAUUAUAUUCCCUCGUCUUCAGAAAUUAUUCAAUUCAAGUUUUCUGGUAUGACAAUGCCUCCUUCACUAAAGCCACCUGGAAACAUUGUAAUUACCACAAAGAUUGGCACUGGCUCGACAUUUUAUGAUGUUGAUACCAUAUCUACAAGCGGAAAUUUUGUAUCAACAGUUGGAUCAAUGACAGAUUAUAAGGCAACUCCUACCAGCUUGGUUGCAUAUGCUCAGACAAUAUAUACUUUUACGUUCAAACCACAGCAUAGUAUCUUACAGAAUGGGUAUUUGACAGUGGACUUACCUUCACAAAUUAGUAUCCCUGAUGCUGCUACCUCUGCUGCAUCUUGUGCUUCAAUUUCAGGAUUUUUAACAACAAUAUCUUGUGCAGUCUCAGAUAGAAAAAUUACUGUAUCUAAUGGAUUCACAAGCGGGAGCUUAGCAGCAGGGACAGCUGUAAGCUUUUCGAUAAACGGAAUCCUAAACCCUGUCUCUUUAAGUACUACUAGCUCAUUCACAUUUACUACAUUUGAUUCUAGUAAUUAUCAAAUUGAUGUACGAAUUUCAGGAAUUACAGUCACCAUGACUUCUGUUGGAGAGCUUCAAAAAGCUGAAAUAUCAAUUCCUUCACCUAUAAAUGGAGCAACUAAUGCGUAUUCAUUUACUUUCAGAGCAAGCUCUCCUUUGAAAGAUGGAGAUAGGAUGUAUAUCAAAGUUCCUAACACAGUAACUCCUCCUUCAUCUCCAACAUGUACUGGGACUACCCUAUUAGCAAGCUCUCUAACAUGAAAUACCUUAAACAAGGAAAUAUUUAUAACUAUAUCAGCUGCAAGUGGAAGCACUAUUGAUGCAGGACAAGAUUUUGGAUUUUCUAUCUCAGGAUUUGUCAAUCCUACAAGUACGAGGCCUACUGAUUCCUUAACAUUUGAAGCACAAGAUUCAACAGGAUCAUCUAUUAAUCGCUAUACAGUAUCACCAGUGACAGUAACUACAACUACAGCUGCUUCGAUCACAACUGCAUCAAUUUCAAAUGAAAAUAAAUUUGCUUCUCAAAGUGUGACUAUAAAUUUGAAUUUCACAACAAUCCAUGAGAUUCCUCAAAAUGGGAAAAUCAUUGUGACUUAUCCAUCUGAAGUGUCAACCUUCAGUGCUUCCGCAACGACGCUUACUUGUAGUCUUAAUAUUGCUGCUAGCCCAACAUGCACACAUAUUUCCUCAAGCAGAGCGAUUGAGAUCAGCAAUAUUCUUACUUCAACUUUCUUGGCCAGCAAUACUCAAGUGAGGAUGACUAUCAAUGAAAUGAAGAAUCCGAGUGCUGCAACAGCUUCUAGCUCAUUUAAAAUUGCCACUUAUGAAGUAGCGUUAGGGAAUAAUUAUAUCAUUGACCAGAUCUCAACAGGUCUGACUAUUGCUGCUAACUGUAAUUAUCCUUGCAAGACAUGAGGCACAACAGAUAAAUCGCAGUGUUCCAGCUGACUUCCUGAUAGCUCAGGCAGCACCCUUUUCCUACAGACAACUACUAGUGGGGGAGUAUCCUCGACUACCUGUGUGAGUAGCUGAAAUACAGACUAUGUUGAAAUCAGCGGUGUCUGAGAACCCUGCGAGAAUAAUUGAGGAGCAUGUUUAGCCACAAACAGAGGUAGCUGAACACUUUGUGGAAAAACAGCUGCUAGAUUUUUGGUUGGAGAUAGAUGCACAAAUAGCUGUCCUUCAGGGACAUAUGGCAAUACAGCAACAAAUAAAUGAGAAAGCUGAGUAUUUCCAUGUCAAACAUGCACAAGCUCUACCUCUUGAGAUUCAUGUGCUGAGUUUGAUUCUUCUGGCAAUCCUUCAACUCUAAUAAAAUUUGAAAAUAAUGAAUGAAAAGCAUCAUGUACAGCUGAUACUUAUGUUGAUGUCAAUGAUGUAUGCACUCCUUGUUCAUCGAGCUGAAGUAAAUGAUCGGAAAGAAUUGAUAUUUGUACAGAAUGAGCAUCACCUUUAGUGCUAGACAAGACCACAAGCACUUGUCAAUCUUCUUGUCCAGCUGGAACAACAAUCUAUAAUUCUGCUUCAAAUAGUUGUGAAGUCUGAAAUACAAAUUGAGCUACGUGCACUGGAACUAUAAAUACUUGUGCAACUUGAAAUAAUGGGCUCUUACUUACAAUUAGCAAUACAUGUGCUACAUCUUGACUUACAAGGGACACUUUUGUAGAUAGUUCCAAUCAUUGAGUAAAAUGAACAACAGGAUGUUCAAGUUGAAGUGGUACAGCGAGUUAUUGAGAUAAGUGAGAUUAUUCUUCAGGCUACUUAUUUGCAAACUUUACCUGAGUUACUUCUUGACCUACAGAUUUCUCGAUAGACACAUUAGAUCCCACUAGAUGUAUUCUUUCAAGUCUUCAGUGUCCUUUCGGGUAUAGCAUAGAUACUUCAGGAACUAAAUGCUCACCCUCAAAUGUGGUAUGUCGUCCUGGUUAUAAAGUAAAUUCUGAAAAGACAAAGUGUAUUCCUGAGCCAGGAUCAACAAUCCCAUUUCCUUUCUUUUUGUUGUUUGGUCUGUUCUUAAUUAUCACUUUAAUGGGCUCUUGCAUUCACAGGCCUCAGAUGAUCACUACAUGAUUGAUAAAAUUCAUAGCAGUAAUAGAAAUGCCAUAUCUGGGAGUUCAAGUUUGGUCAGCUAUUUAUAUUUCCUCAUGGGGCAUUGUGACAGGAACAGUGAUUGCUAUGAUAAUGCUUGUAUUAGGCAACAUUCUUUUCUAUAUAGUCUUCAAAAGAGUCGUUGUUAAAGACAAUGCCUACAAGCAUUGGAAAGAUAAAUACAAAUGAAGCAACCAGACAGUAUCAUUUAUAAGCCUCAUUAUCAAUUUCAAAUUCUUUCGAUGCUUCUAUUCAAAAUUCUAUGGGAUAUCUAUCUUUAAUGCUCCGUUUGAGAGGUCAACGCUAUUCUUCAGGCCAUUCGUAGUAGUUUCAGUGAUAUAUCUGCUACUUGUACUAAUCCCAGUCAUUAUUGUGGAUAUAGUCAUCUUUUACUAUGUAGAAUGGGGCUACCAGCUUCUCAUAGUCGGCAUCGAGAGUUUCACAUUUUCUAUACUCGUGAUUCUUCUUUCAUUCAUAGAGUUUUUCAAAAUUAAAAGCAAAGUCUUCAAAGAUGAUGAUGAAGACUAUCUGUCUAUCAACAAGAAAAUGUUUGACAAUGCAUACACUGUUGCUGGUGGUGCAAUUCCCAAUGGAUUAGCAGAGCCUAAUAUUACUCAGCAAAGAGUUAAAAUUCCUGCUGGACUUGAAGAAUCGAGUGCUUCCCAGAUCUACAACAGUUUUUCUUAUAACAAUGAAAAGUACUUGGAUAAAUCAGGUAUUUCCUCUAUAGAAGUCUUUAGCAAGUUCGAUAAUAAGAGGGAGUUCUUGUCUGAUGCUCAGAGACAAAAUAGGUUAAACCUGCACAAUAUCGUCAACCAGUUAGAUAAGAGGAAUCCUAUCUUUGAGUCCUCUUAUAUCAACGUAAUGGACUUAAAAGAUAACAAAAUUUUUAAGAAGAGGAAAGACUACGACCCAAACUUGAUGCUUAAAGAUGAGGAAAAUUUUGACGAAUUUGAUCGAAAAUUCUUACGCAGAAGUGUUAGCUUUGAAGACUUCAGAGAGCAUGAUGACACCUUUGCUCCUAACAAAAAAGAGCUCAUUGAAGAGAAAUGUAUUUCAUACCCACCUUCUCCUCGAGAAAUGGAGAGGAUAGACCAUUACCUCUUUGGAGAUGGAAUCGAAUUUGCUAGAGAUAAGCUCAAGGCAGAAUAUGCAUAUAAUAACCUCUAUGCUGACAAAGAGGGAGAAGAAUUUGACCCCGAGGAUGAAUUUGGCAAAAUCAGGGCAAGGAAAGUCCAAACUUAUGGGACUGAGGUUCAUACUAUCAAGAACCAAAAUUCGAAAGAAGACUUUGAUGAUGUAGAAAUUGACCCUGACCUUGUAAAUAGUAUCCUCGAUGGAGUCCUAGAGAAUCUCUCUGAUGGAGAUGAUGACCAAGACAACCAACUUGUAAGAAGAACCAAAAGACAAAGGAUGGCUCUUGCACAAAAACGAAAAAUGGAAAUACCUGACUUUGCAAUCGAAGAUAUUAUGGGAGAUUUUGAUAUUGAUGACCAAGGCAAUUAUAUAAUCGUUAGGAAUGAAGAAACAGACAAAUUAGAAGAUAAAAAUGAACAAAGAGUUAACAAAAGAGGCUACCUUAUAGACGAAGAUGGCAAUGUUAUUGAUAAACAAAGAAAUCUCAUAUUCAAGCAAAGAGAACUGGAUAGUGAUGAUGAAAUACCUCCACCUUACUCUUUUGAAAAACGUAAAAAUCAACUUUUGAAUACAAAGAAAGAUAAAAUAGAAGAAUAUGAUCUUGCUGAUUUAUCUCAAGAGGACGAUGACCAUAUAUGGAUGGAUCCAAAAGGAAAAGAUCUUGCGGAUGCAUUAUCAGGAGAUGAAACUCCAGUAGAAAGUUUGAUGGGAGAAACGCCUGGUUACCAACCCAGAAAUAUCCAAAAACUCACAAAUUCAAUAGAUCCUAAAAAUUCGACUAUCCAUGAAGAAAACAUUAAUUUGGAUAUAGAAAGUCAGAAGGAAACUCUUAAAUUAGAGUCUCCUCAAAUGCCAAAUUCGAAGUCCUCAAGGAAAACUAAAAGAUUAAUCAGUGCUCGUAUUAAAGGAAUUACUGAAAACCCAAGGCCUGGGACUACCAACAACACAUAUAUCCGAGAUGUUCCGUUUUAUAUGCCUAGCACCAUAAAUGUAGAGCCCAUUAAAAUGACUCCAAAGAGGAGGCUCAGAAAGAAACCUUUUGUUGAUGAUUCUCUUAAGAGAAUCUACGGAAAUAUUGACCCGUUCCUUUACAGAGACGAUGUCAAAAAGUCCUCAGUGAAAGUAGAUCGAGUAACUGACUUAAGAAUGAGAAAGAGGCUACUUGACCCAUUCAAACUUGCUGAAUCUGCUGAACUUAAUGGGAAACUAGACUCUAUUAAGCUAGAUGAUGAGACAGAAUCAAAUGUAGAUAGGUAUUCUCGUCUUGAAAGAGUAUCUUCCAAGUACCAAGAGCGAACCAUGUUCGGUCUUCCAUUCGGAGAACGAAGAUAAAUAAUCUUGAAGGUAUUUAUAGACUUGAGGACAAACCAGGAAAAAACUUAUCUUCUUAAAAUAUU